ACGAGUUAUUUGUAUACAGGGGUAUAUAUGUGACACCCCUGUAGCAGAUUGUAUUACCAAGAUGGCGGAAACAUCAGCUAAAGUGAUUUUAGUUUUUAUCAUUGUCACAGUGGUUAGAGCGAACUAUAUUGACGUCGCACGGGAAUGGCGGGAAUGGAAACAGCGACACGGCAAAGUAUAUAACAACCAAUCAGAAGAAACCGAACGACGGCACGCAUGGGAGAGGUCAUUUUACUAUGUCCGUCACCAUAGCAACAGACCAGGCCAUUCAUCUUUUACCGUGGGGAUGAAUUCAAGAGCCGAUAUGCUCCCUAGGGACUACAGAUUGGAAGUGAAUGUCGUAGCACCAGACAUUACUAAUAACGUUCAUAACAAUCCGCUGCUUUUCGAGCCUACCUCAUUCGACUGGAGAACACGAGGAGUUAUCGCCCCUGUCAGUAACCAAGGGCAGAUUGGCAGUUCUUUAGCCAUAGUAGCCACCGAAUGUCUGGUGUCGUCUGAAGCGAUUAAGACUGGUCGUCUGGUCAGUUUGAGUGAGCGGGAAGUAUCAGACUGCUGUGGUGGAGGUGGCGGCCAUCGUGUGACCGAUGUAUUCAGCUGUAUCCAUAACAUUGGCGGAGUUUGUUCCCAGACCACGUAUCCGAACCGGCCCGGACCUUCCCGAUGUAGGAACGACUCUUGUCCGGCAGUGGUCAAGGUACAAGGGAGCGUAAACAUCCCCAGUGGAAGGGAGGAUCUUCUUCAGCAACAUUUACUAGAUCAGCCAAUCAUGGCCGUCAUCGACGCUAGCCACGCCUCCUUCCAGAUGUACAAGAGUGGGAUCUAUAACGAGAAGGACUGCAGUUCUACCCAGUUAGAUCACGUGGUUCAGAUCGUGGGUUAUGGAGUUGAACAGGGCAAUGAGUUUUGGAUUGUUAAAAACAGUUGGGGCGUAAACUGGGGAAUGAAUGGUUAUAUAUUGAUGAGCAGGGACAAAAAUAACCAGUGUGGCAUCGCCAGUGCUGCCUCCUACCCAAUCCUGGGCUAGCCGGGGUACAUCAACAUGUCUCUCUUCUCUGUGGUUGUGUGUAGCAGUCUUGCGGCGCAGAGACAAUAACAUUCAUGUAAAUGAUAACUGUUGUUCAUAUUCUCUAUGUAAAUAAAGAAUCGCUAAAAUGAUAUAA